AAAUAUUAUUAACCAGACAAAUAGUUGUACACACAUGUUACACGAAGAUCACAUCUUGCAAUUGUCUCAAAAAUCCACUCCAAAUUCGGUCACUAUCAUAGCCAAACAGCGGAUAGCCAUUUCUAUAUAUAUAUACAUAUAAAUUAACGGGAUAUUUUUAUGCAAGAGAUUAGAAUAUUUUUACAACCAAACACUCCCUUUUUCCCUGAACUCUCCGAAAUCAAAACACAUUAACAACUGAAAAACGGAAAUUCAAAUCAAAACCACCACCACCACCACCAACAACAACAACAAACGAUGUCGUUGCGAGCUCUCCAUUUUCCCGAUAUCCAUUCGGGAAAAGCUGCAUUACCAUUUGGUAAUCCUUGCUGUCUUAACCCGACGCUGCCAAGGUUUUCCGACCCGAAACCCGGUAUCUAUCAGGGCCCAUCUCGUCGACCCGGGAGGUGGACCCCACUGAGUCUGAGCUCCGUCAGCGGCGUGGCGGUGGAGAAGGAGAAGAGAAACGACAAGCGGUUUUCCGUCUGUACGGCCGACGAGCUUCAUUACGUCUCUGUUCCCAAUUCCGAUUGGAGCCUCGCUCUCUGGCGCUACCUUCCUUCUCCCCAGGUGCAACCGAGGAACCAUCCUCUGUUGCUGUUGUCGGGAGUAGCUACAAAUGCAAUUGGUUACGAUCUUUCCCCUGAGUGUUCAUUUGCUCGCUACAUGGCUGGUGAUGGUUUUGAUACAUGGAUUCUUGAAGUUAGAGGUGCUGGAUUGAGUAGAAAAGGUGUAGACUCAUUUGACAGGAAACCAAUGAAUGCCAAGUCUAAGAGUACAAGUUCUUCAGUCAACUAUGGUAAAGAUGGUAACGUCCCUCUGGGGCUGCACUCUGCUUCUAACCUUGGUGCCAUGGCUGAUUCUGACAUCUUGUCUGCAGAAGAGAAAAGGACAUAUAUGGAGUCUAAACCAGAUCAGUUUCGCUCACCCACAAAGUUGAUGAAGAAUUUUAUGCUUAUAUCUGAGAGACUAUCAAGCUUUCUAAAUGAAGGUAUGUUAGAAGGAGGUCAAAACUCUGUUAUUGCUAGCCAUAUUAAGGAUUUGAGUACAAGGCUUGCAAAUAUCAUUGAAGAAUAUCAACGAUCAGUCCCUGCUCAGCUUAUGGAGUUGCAAGAGCGUUUUUCUUCUACUUUGGCCGAUUUGCAACAACAACUUGACCUUAUUGUUAAGUAUGACUGGGACUUUGAUCACUACCUACAAGAAGAUGUGCCUGCUGCGGUUGAGUAUAUAAGGAGUCAUUGCAAACCACAGGAUAGCAAGUUGCAUGGAAUUGGUCACUCAAUGGGGGGUAUCUUGCUAUAUGCAAUGCUCUCACAAUGCUGUUCUCAAGGAAGGGAUUCAGGAUUUGCAUCAAUCACUACUUUGGCAUCGUCGCUCGACUAUACUCCUUCAAAAUCAUCGCUCAAAUUACUUUUACCACUGGCUGAUCCUGCUCAAGCUCUAAAUGUUCCUGCCAUUCCAAUUGGGGCACUGCUUGCCGCUGCUCAUCCUCUUGCAUCGCGUCCACCUUAUGUUUUGUCUUGGCUGAAUCGUCAAAUUUCUGCUCAAGACAUGAUGCAUCCAGAGUUAUUUGAAAAGCUUGUUUUGAACAACUUUUGUACAGUGCCAGCUAAGCUUCUCUUGCAGCUAACAACAGCUUUCCAGAAGACUGGUUUAUGCGACAGAAGUGGAACUUUCUUUUACAAGGAUUAUUUACACAAAGUCACUGUCCCCGUCUUAGCACUUGGUGGAGAUCAAGACUUAAUUUGUCCUCCUGAAGCUGUUUAUGAAACAGCGAAGCUUAUUCCUGAGCACUUGAUUACCUACAAAAUUCUCGGUGAACCUGGUGGUCCUCAUUAUGCUCACUACGAUUUAGUGGGAGGUCGUCUGGCUGCGGAUCAAGUAUAUCCACACAUAAUCAAAUUCCUGAGACACCAUGACAUGGCUUAGUUACAUCUUGUUUUCUCUACCAGAGCCAGACUUAGAUGCCUUUUCUUGUCCAUAAAGAAACUAACCACAUGAAGAAUCACCACGGGAAGAUUAAAUCUUGGUUGACAUAGACUGUAUACUUGUUAUAUACAAUUCUAUAGCAUACAUAGUUUGCAAAGGAAAUAGCAUAAAGUUACGAUACGGGACAAGUCAACAAUCACGUCGUCCCUACAAAUGGAGUUGCAAUAGUUACUUUGGAUUUCGGACCCAGCUAGAAUCCUUGAAAUUUUAGAUGUAGAAAGUGAACAGUCUCAUAGAAUGAAUCUUCAGAACAUGUAAAGAAACUUGGUAUCAAAUUCAGCUAGAAGUAUUAUUACUUGUAAACUUGGUAUCAAAUUCAGCUAUAAGUAUUAUUACUUGUAUU